AUGAAUGCCAGUCCUGUGGGCAAAGUCACUGGAUGUGGUAAAGUGAUGUCUAGUCGAUGUUCAUACACUCAACACCUGUUGACCCACUCUAUCACCAAACCAUUCAAAUGUACUGUCGAUGGAUGUGAUGAGAGGUUCACAAACAAAGCCAAUUUAAACUGUCAUGUGAACAGACAUAAUGGACUCAAACCCCAUGCCUGUACUCACGAGUCUUGUGGUCAACGGUUUGCGCAUAAAAAGGCCCUCAAAUAUCACGUCCAAGUGGUUCACGCAAAACAUAUGCCAUUUGUUUGCGAUUACAUGGGAUGUCAUAAGAGGUUUGCAUUCAAUUACCUCAUGACUGCUCACAAACAGAUUCACACGAAUCGCGCGGAUCAAUACAAAUGUCCGGAACCGGGAUGUGAUCGGAGUUUCAGAACCAGACCUAUUAUGUUACACCACAAACGACUCGUUCACUAUGGGACUGACCUGACGUGUCAUUGGCCCGGAUGUGACUACACCACCAAAUAUGGGUCCGUAAUGCGAAAGCAUACUCUUAUUCAUAGCUCCGAAAAGCCGUAUAGGUGUGAGUGGCCGGGCUGUCCGUAUCGGUCUAAUGAUAACGCGAGGCUAAGAAACCAUAGAAGUACUCACAGCACGGAUAGGCCGCACGCAUGCGAUUGGCCUGAAUGUGGGAAACGGUUUAAGGAUAAGACAACUCUGAGACGACACGUGUUCACACAUUCGGGCCCUAAAUUCACGUGCGAUCGGAAGGGCUGUCAGUUUAAGACUUCUCUCAAACAUGUGUUGAGUUAUCAUAAGAGACGCAAACAUGAGAGCAGACAACUCUGA